GCUUGCGCUCCCGCUCAACACAUCUUCAUCAUGGCACCCGUACCUAAGAAGCUCGCAGGGGCGUCUGCCACGGAGAAGCGCGCCCGGAAGGCCCGGCCUUCCCACAACAAGGGGCGUCUCGGCAACCGCGUCAAGAUGGUGCGGGAAGUCGUCCGCGAGGUGGCGGGCCUCAUGCCCUACGAGAAGCGCAUCCUCGACAUGAUCAAGACUGGCGGCGCGUCCGCAGAGAAGCGCAUCUACAAGUUUGCCAAGCGGAGGCUGGGCACCCACAAGCGGGCUCUUGCCAAGCGCGAGGACAUCAAGGAGGUCUACUCCAAGAUGCGCGCUCGCCAGGCGAUGAACUAAGUCCCGUCGACGAACUGAGUCUCGUUUUUCUGUCCUUGGAACUAUCGCGAUUGCCUUCCGUAGACUUAUCUGCGUCGCGGAGCGCCGUCUGUUGAUACCUUUUGUAGACCCGUCUGCUGUGUCGUCCAUGCCGGCGCGGUCUGUUCUUUUCGGCGCCGUAUGCCACUGCCAGUUUGGCAAUGUCCAUGGUGACCGCUCUCGCGCGGGGGGUGCAGGCUCGAGCCUAGGGUUCAGAUAACCCACUGGGCGAUUCCUGUGAAUGGUUGUUUACGAAAAAGGGUUAGGUGUCAAAGCCUUUGAUCCGUUUCGGGGACAGCAGUAACGGGACUUGGGUGUGGAGGCCGGGGGUCUUAGGGAUAAGAUUCACGAGGGUGAGCUAAACUACUACUUCUGCUGUGCUGCGCUUCGGCGCAGCGGUGCAAAACAAAAAUGAACAAAAAUAUCCUGG